CAUGAUAGUGGAUGUCACAGUGUAAUUUGUAAAUAUCUCGCACUCACACGAGCUUGAGCAAGAGCCAAGUCCGACAGGGAAGUAACAAGGAACACCCACCCAAUCCAUGAUCCCCGAAACCUCGUUCGUCAAUGAUUGACUUCAACCUCUCUUUCUAGUCGUUCCCUUUCUCUCUUUUCUUCCUCUUCAUCAUUUCUCCACCGACUCUCGUUCCAGUCCCUAUUAUAACCACGGCCCUCCCACCCUGGCCUAGGCUUGCCCUUCUUUUGAAAGCUUCCCAUCUUCUGUUUGUUUCCUAGCUCCUAGGUUUGAUCUCCCUCUCUCUCUUGCUCAUUUCACCUCAGGUAGCACCAACAACCAUCAACUUAUUCCUGUUCGUCUUCGCUGGAGAAGACUGCAGAUCACCUUCGCUCUUUGUCCUAUACCUGCAAAAAAGAGGAGGAGAAACACAUGGGAUCGUUGUAGCGUUUUUGUUUGCAUUUAUUUCCUUGAAUCUACUACAUCAUCGGCAUACAGCACAGCAUUAAGCCGAGCAUUGGCAUAUCUAGCUUGGAGCAAGUCUUCAGCAAAAGGAUAAUCACCCCCAUUCCUACCUGACUCCUAGACACCCUAGGAGCGCAAGCAGAUCAUUGCGGCUAAGGAUUUGAUAUCCUACCACCGUCUCAUAUCCUGCUAGCACUGCCCGACCUCCAAUCUUCAAACGCCUAUCGGUUUCAUCAUCGGCCUCGACUCACGCCAACGGGUCGAUCACCUCUUAAAUCGAAGUAUUCAGGCCACCACAUCGAAUACUCCCACACUUUCAACUCCCUGGUUGGAGUUUGAUAUAUAACUGCACACGAGAAUGGUUAAUCGCCACGUUUCUUUGUCUCCCCGCAAUUCGCGUCACUCUCACACAGGCUUCGUUCCCCUUGGUGGCACCAACAGCAAUGACGAAAUGGGCGACGGUAUUCAGCUCACCCCGGUCAAGAGCAAUGCCUCUGCCCGGAGUGGUAUGAGGAAGGCCGAGAUGCCUCAACCCUCUACCAUGGAUAGUAACUCUCCUACCGAGGACGAGAAACUCACCGGUCAAGGUCACCGUGGCCGUCGAAGGAGAAUGGGUGAUGGUCUCUCUCGCAGCGGUACCGGAGGAGAGGAAACCACAUUGAACCCAAUGGGUAGACUCUACUACAAAAUUAUUGGCUUCUCUGUUGUCACCAGAUACCUUGUAUACGUCGUCCCCGUCGGUCUUCUCUUGGCCAUUCCCCUGAUUGUCCUCGCCGCCAUUGGCAAAAAGGAUGGCAUUCCUGUCGGCAAAUGGAACGGAGAUGGUGACAGGUCUGGCGACGAUGGCCCUCCGCUCUUCAAAAUCUUCCUCUGGGUUCUCAUCAUGUGGCUCUCAUGCUGGAUCGCAAAGAUUGUUGCUUGGUUCUUACCCUCGCUCUUCAUGUUCUUUACUGGCGUCGUCAGCAAGGGUACUCGCAAAUACGCGACUGUCUUGGGAAACCUCAUCCUCCCUUUCUCCUUCUUCUUCUGGGCCUUGGCUUCUUAUGUCACUUUCAAGAACCUCUGGAUGGAGGAAGAUAGAGGCAAGAACUACGUCCCGUGGGUCCGCACUAUGGGCCGUGUCCUUGGUGCUCUUUUCGUUUCUUCAGCUGUCUUCCUCGGCGAAAAAGCGAUUGUCCAACUGAUCGGCAUCUCCUACCAUCAGCGAUCGUUUGCCAACCGUAUCAGGGAGUCUAAGCGUGAGGUUCACUUGCUCGGGCUUCUUUUCGAUGCCUCUAGAACCCUCUUCCCUCUCCAUUGUCACGAGUUCGCUGAUGAGGAUGCCAUCAUUAAUGAUAGCAUUGAGGUGAUGCUCCGUGGUAAGAAGGGACACAAGCGCAACGGCUCUGCCACCCCCAUGAAGCUCAUUGGAGAAGUUGGCAAGAUCGGAGACAAGGUUACCUCCGUUUUUGGCAACCUUGCCUCUGAGAUCGCCGGCCGACAAGUUUUCAACCCCAACUCCGCUCAUUCUAUUGUCAUCGAAGCUCUUGAGAAGACUAAGUCAUCUGAGGCAAUGGGUCGACGUAUAUGGAUGUCUUACGUUGUUGAGGGUCACAACUCACUUGUUCUGGAUGACUUCCAGGAGGUUCUUGGACCUGCUUACAAGGAAGAGGCUGAGGAAUCAUUCUAUAUGAUCGACGGUGACGACAAUGGUGAUAUUAGUCUCGAUGAGAUGGUUCGAAAGGUUGUCGAGAUUGGUACCGAGAGAAAGGCCAUCGCCGAAGGUAUGAAGGAUAUUGGUCAGGCUCUUCAGGCUUUUGAUAAGAUUCUUCUUGUCGUCGUCCUGCUGAUCGUUAUUUUCGUUUUCCUUGCUUUCUUCCAGAGCAGCUUCAUUACCACCCUCACCACUGCCGGAACUACCCUGCUUUCUCUAUCUUUCAUCUUCGCGGUUACUGCCCAGGAAUUCCUCGGUUCUUGUAUCUUCCUUUUCGUCAAGCACCCCUACGAUGUCGGUGAUCGUGUCGAUAUCAGUGGCACCAGGAUGGUUGUCAACAAGAUCUCCCUCCUCUACUCUGUUUUCCACCGACUGGACACCAUGCAAACAGUUCAAGUGCCCAACAUUCAGCUCAACAACAUCUGGAUCGAAAAUAUAUCUCGUAGCAAGGCCAUGCACGAAACCGUCGAAGUCAACGUUUCUUUCGAUACCUCAUUCGAGGACAUUGAACUUCUCCGCCUCGAGAUGGAGAAGUUUGUUCGACAACCCGAGAAUGCUCGUGACUUCCAGCCUGAUCUUAGCAUUAGCGUUGGCGGUGUCGGUAACCUCGACAAGCUUCUGCUCUAUGUCACCAUCGCUCACAAGUCCAACUGGCACAACGAUUCCGUCCGCGCCAGCCGCCGUUCUAAGUUCAUGUGUGCACUUGCCCUGGCUCUGAAGAAGGUGCCUCUCAUUGCCCCUGGUGGUGGCGGCGAGCCUCUUGGUGGACCUACAAACCCCUCUUACUCUGUUACUGUUACCGAUGAGUUCGCCAAGAACAGCCGUGAGGAGGCUGCUAAGGCCACUGAUGAAGCUCGCAUGGUCCCAACCUCGAAGCAGGAGAACACCCAGGAGAGCCAGGCCCAGGCCGCCGAAGGCUUCAACUCACGGCCCCCUGCCGCCGGCCUUGGUGUCUGGGAUAAUAGUGACAACCACACACUAGGCUCUCAUGAUGAUGAAGUCAACCGCAACCGCGACAUCGAGCAUUUGCGGACUGAUCUCAAGCGUGAGAGCACUCGGGGUCGGCGCAAGGCGGGUGAGGCUAUCCCCUCACUUUCUCUCGAGACGGCUCCUCGUGCUAGCAUCACGUUGACGCAAGCAAGCCCUCGCAGCCCUCACCGUGGCCCCUUCGAUGAAGAGGCUGAGGCUGGCAUGGGCCCAACGCCCUACCAUUCUAAUCUAUCUGCCGGCCCAACCCAGGGUUCUCAAGGCUACCAGCCAUAUGCCGGCUCCAGUAACCAGUACAAUGUCGCCCACCCCCUGCAAAGGCCUGGUCAGGGACCGCCUCAGGGGCCACCUCCUCAAGGACAACCACCCGCUCCCCAGCGCUAGUGGACCUGGAAGUGAGACAUACGAACUGUAACGGCUGAUCAGUGUGUAUUGAAAGUAGUAAUAUUGGGGUGGUUAUUUGGGACGGAACUGAAUUUUUCUAUGUUGGUAUUCGGUUCACUCGAGAGACUAGAACAGUCAUCUCCCUUAGAAAUCAGAUUGGGUCAUCCGUAUAAAAAGAUUGGGCGUAUGUAUCGGUUUAUGAAACCCAGCCAGGGACUGCAGAGCAGCAGCUCUCAAUAUUCACGAAGUAAAGAAUCUAGAUUAUUAUUACACUUCAAUCAGAUAUUUUGAGGAUAAUUGUUUCUCAAGGAACUUUACGUCUGUGGAGGCUACUAAUUUAGCAAACGUGCUCUGGAGGUGGGACAUCGCCGUCCUUUGCCC